AUGUGUCCUAUCUGCAAGCCCCGUCUUGAAUCGCUGCAUCUACAUGCAUGCCAUGCAAUAUAUAGUUCACAGUUCUCGACCACAUUCGAGACGAGACAGAGGGACUCCAAAAAAAAAAAAAAGGGGGGGAAAGGCCCCGAGGUCGGCAGAUGUGCUUUGGCAGGCCGUGGAGCUCAAUCAAGCACCAGCACCGUCUUCAUCUCCAAGUGGUCCAAAAGUCCCCAGUUCCUGGUGGUCCGGCGGGAAUGGAGACCAGACCCAAUCAAGGCACCGAAUGAGGGUGGAGGCGCUCGUCCAGGAACCUUGAACGGCUGGGAGGCCUCCAGAGCUCUCUCGAGCUGCUGGGGAACGGACCUGUUGGCAAGAGCCGGUGCAAAGAAAAAGGGGGGCCGAGAUCAAGAGAGAAAAAGUUCGCCGUCCCCGCCGGUGGAGCCCCCGAGUCCGGGAUCGAAUCAACGUGGGAGUCGUUGUUGGUUAAGGAUUGGGACGGAAGGUGGCGUUGGAUUUGAGACCAGAGGAGGCCGUGGGAUUCACCGUUGGUCAGAGACGGGACGGACUACGUACUCGACGACGCGGACCGAUCCACCCGGCGGACCGGAUCCACACUCCGAACAGAAAAAGACGAACAUGCUCAGGGCCGAAGUGGGCAUGUGCGGAUGCCAUAAUAAUUGGGUCUCGAUCCUCUCGGUUCUCCCUGCCAGCUUGCCAAGCCCCUUCGAGUCGUUCCGGGCCUAUUGGAUCCUUUGCGUGCCGGCGAUUACAAGAGCCAGCCACGACCCAAGAAGUGAGACAAUCUGA